AUGCAGCUGGCGCUGGUCCAAAGAAAAAUAUAUCGCCCUGCAAGUCCAUCGAGGCGAUUACCAACAGACAACGAGGAGCGCAUAUUACGUCAUGCUUCAGAACUAAAUCCCGACCAUGAGGGCUGGCACUUUAUCAGAAAGCUCAGCGACUCGUUUCAACUUGAGGGUGUAUCUGGCGGGAAACAUCAUUGCCUUGUUCUAGAAGCUCUUCGUGAACCACUCUGGGUUUAUCAAGAAAGGUAUAUUGGUGGUUUCAUCCCGGUGAAUAUACUUAAAAUCCUCCUUCAGGUGACUCUGCAAGCACUCGAUUAUCUCCAUUCUGAGUGCCAUGUUAUUCAUACAGUACUCCUAAAUUUAAAGCCUGAUAAUAUCAUGAUCAGAAUCGAGGAUCCAUCUAUUUUCGAAGAACAAGCGCUGGAUGAGGUCAUUUACCUUUCACGCAACAACUAUGGGCCUCUAAGAAGGCCACCGGGGAUAAUCCAGCUUAUGGACUUUGAUCUUUCGGUAUUGACAAAGCCGGGACGGCUACACUAUGGGCCUAUCCAAGCUGAGAUUUACCGAGCACCCGAAGUCAUCCUUGAUGCUGGAUAUACCUUUUCCGCUGAUAUAUGGAGUUUGGGCGUCCUGCUCUGGGACUUAUUAGAGAGAAAACGUCUCUUCGACCCACACACACCUGAAAAGCCGGACGAAUACGAUGAAGCAGUACACCUUGCCCAAAUAACAAGCUUAUUUGAUUACCCACCUGGUAGUCUUGUUUCCGGUGGGCGAAGGAGUUCUAUGUUCUACGACGGCAAUAACCCGGAGACUCCGAGAGACCCUCAGCCACUUUCUCGUAAUGUCUGCUUUGCGGGUAGUAUCAACCAGAUCAAGGGUGAAGAGAAGGCCAGCUUUGUAAGAUUUGUGAAGAGAAUGAUUAGAUGGAAACCAGAGGAAAGAAGCACCGCGAAACAAUUGCUCGGAGAUCCUUGGCUGUACGAGGACCUCUCUCAAGAUUAA